AUGCACUUGUAUUGGUCCAUUUCACUGGUCCUUUUGGGAGCUUUGAGGUGUAAGACCGCUGACUCGCCAAUGAUCUACGGCUCAGCGGAAUUAGAGCAUGACUGGGCCGAGGCCUUCAAGCUCAUCAUCACCGUCAAAAUGCAGUACCCAGUCCCUAACGGUUGGAGGAUCGCACUGAUAUUUUCCCAGCCAAUCAAGAAGAUCGACGUAUGGCGAGCGAUCGUCUUAGAGAAAUCUGCCGAUCAAAGAAUACAUGAUCUCAAAGAAGAAUAUUUCAAUAAAAAAUUGGCAACGGGUCAAGUUCUAACAUUUGCUGUGGUGGCCUACAAAGGCAAGAGAAACUCCCCCCCUGGUAACGUCACAGUUAUAUUCAAAGGCGGAAACAAAAGUCCUCGACUCCCCACCCAGACCCCGGUUGGUAAACUCGCGACUUUGGAGCUGACUCGACCCCAGUUGUGUUCGCUUUUUUUCUAGAAGUGCGAGAGGCAUGGGGAUGAUUCAAAUUAGCACGACACGAAUGGGAUGGCGGUACAAAGCUAGAGACGGAAGAGAUUACCGAUUUUGUUUUCGUUCCCAUGUUUCUCGGCCUCACUUCUAGGAACGGGUCAACUGUCUGGUUUCUAAUUUGGUUUUUUCCUGUUGGCACAUGCUUAAAGUUGCAUUUUGACUUCAUGUAGCUCCACAGUUUAAGUGUUUUCGCCUCAAACAUUACACUGACCCUCUAAAAUUAAAAAAAGCUGAUUUCACAUCGAUUCUCUUAACCUCUGUGGUAAAGACUUGGCCCUGUUGAAUAGUGGAUUGGAAACAAAAUCUUACGAGUGGUACGAGGAACUGAAGGAAGAGAUCCGAAUUAAUGUUGGGAAGUACUAAGUCCUUGAAACGCUUACGAUAAGUAUUCCCCUUUCUCUGAAGCCUUCCACUCCAUCAAAAAAUUGGUUCUUUUGUUUCUGUCACAAAUGAUUAUACUCAUUUGUUUAGUCCAUGGGAAAUAAAAAUCCAACAAAAUGCUUACAGUCAGUAAACAUUGAGUUAUUGUCAAUCUCUCUGAUAUUAUUUGUCUGAUUGGUCUAACAUUGAUUUAGCUUCUAGAUCAAAGUUUAUUUCUGAUAAAAAAAAUAAUAAUAUGAAAAACAUUGUUAAAAAUAUUUAAAUGUUUUUAGUUUCAGCCCACGACACCUCAACAAGUUAUACCGAUCUAUCCACUUAAGCCGGUCGAUGAAUCGAAUUCUGGUUUUAAAAUGAUCAUGGAAUACCACGUCCCAGAGGCUGUGAAUUACUGGAGCAUAUCACUCAAGUUCACCAAAAAGAUCAGCACGAAGAAUUUUGCUAUCGACAAGGCGACAUUCUCGCUUCCAAAAGCAUCAACUAACGACUCUUUUUGUCUCGGACCCCGGCCCUACAACAAGAAGCUCAAAGCGAAGUCAUAUCUCCGCCUUGAAUUUAACUGCUACAAAGCGAAGUUGUACGAAGCUGCACCGAAUGCAUUCUUCGUUUUCAAUCCAAAUGCGACGAAAUGUAAAGAUUUUGAUCUGCCUGCCCCAGCUCCUGGACCACCGGCCCCACAAGAACGCGCCGGCGUAGAAUUGAUUCAUCAAUGGCCGCCAAAUAACUUCAAGAUGAGGUUUGAGUUGCAAGUGAUAGAUUCUGUCCGAGGCGGAUGGAAAGUUAUCUUGGAGUUUUCCAGACCAGUUGCUGAAAUAUCCAAUCUGAACGCAGCCAAGCUUUCCGGAAAAUCCCAAGACGGACAAACCUACUACAUCGAGAAUUUCCCGGGACAGAUUCAGAACGCCAACCUAAAGCAAUGUGAAAAAAUUCGAAUCGAGUUUUCCGGGAAACUGGCACCAGGUUCAAAUGCGCCCCCGACGGCUCAGGUGCUUUUUGAGAGGAAAGAACCAGAAUACGCGGAGGUGAAUCUUCAUGGGGCGUGUCCGACUAAAGGUCCAUCAGCAAAAUAAUCCAGGAAAAAUUCAGUCAUGAUCAAAAGUUCUAGAAAAUAGCGGGAUUCGAUAACUCUGUGGCGAACAUAUUUUGAUUUCUCUUUCAACUGAUCACCUUCACUGAUUGUUUGCUCGCAAGAGGUGCAAUUUUAGGGGUUUUAAUGGUUCAAUAAAUUGUGC